GAGCUAUGACCAGCCAAUCUCAAGGGAUCCACCAGCUCCUGCAGGCCGAAAAAAGGGCCAAGGACAAGCUAGAUGAAGCAAAGAAGAGAAAAGGGAAGAGAUCAAAACAAGCAAAGGAAGAAGCAACGGCAGAAAUUGAGCAGUACCGCAUGCAGAAAGAGAAAGAGUUCCGGUUCAAGCAGUCUAAGAUCAUUGCUAUUUCAGAAGAAAAAAGAAUGGUAGCAAACAUGGUUCGUCUAGUACAAUCUACCAGGAGAAUAAUGUUAUAA